AUGCUAGACCUGAAUUCGCCUCUUGAAACCGAAUUCGCCUCGCAAGUCCGGGAUUCCCCAGGGUCUCGGGAAGCGCUCGUGCUCACCACGUGCUCACCUCGUGAUUUCGACACGUUACAGGCGUCAGAAGCAAAACGAAGGAUUUUCGCCGACUCCCAUUCCGGCGACGCCGCCUCUCCUCCUCUCGUUUCGUCACGUCCCAGUCGGUCUCCCGUUACUCCUCCUCUCCCCCUUCCGCUCUCCCCAACACUCUUUCUCACUUUCCUCGCCCGCCCCUCCUCUUCUCCAGCUCUCUUCCGCCCUUCCGCCUCCCCCAGCGCCCCCGUCCCAUUCCCCCGUUUCCCUGUUCCGUCCGCUCGUCCCCUUCUGUCGCUGUCGCGUGUCGGCCCUCCCCUCCCUCACUCGCACUCUCUCCUGUUGUCCCCGACGGUAUCCAUCCUCGAUAUUGCGUCUCCUCGUACUCGACGCAGUGGCAAGACAUCGUCGAGCGGUGAUACGUCAUCGUCAGGCAGUGACAAGUCAUCGUCAAGCAGUGACACAUCAUCGUCAGGCAGUGACAAGUCAUCGUCAAGCAAUGACACGUCAUCAUCAGGCAGUCACAAGUCCUCAUCGAGCGGUGACACGUCAUCGUCAGGCAGUGACAAGUCCUCGUCAGGCAGUGACACGUCAUCGUCAGGCAGUGACAAGUCCUCGUCGAGCGGUGACACGUCAUCGUCAGGCAGUGACAAGUCAUCAUCACACAAUGACACGUCAUCGUCAGGCAGUGACAAGUCAUCGUCAAGCAGUGACACGUCAUCGUCAGGCAGUGACAAGUCAUCGUCACACAAUGACACGUCAUCGUCAGGCAGUGACAAGUCCUCGUCGAGCGGUGACACAUCAUCGUCAGGCAGUGACAAGUCAUCGUCCCACAAUGACACGUCAUCGUCAGGCAGUGACAAGUCCUCGUCAGGCAGUGACACGUCAUCGUCAGGCAGUGACACGUCAUCGAAUUCAAGCGAACCAUCCACCGACAGCAGCGGCGGCGGAAGCGACACGGGCGGAGGGGGACAGUCGGCGGAAGGCUGGCGCGCGCCGUGGGCGAAGGGCGGAGUGGCGGAGGCGGAGACGGUGCACCUCGUGCUCACGCGAGGAGCGCCAGCGGCGCAAGCGGAGCCAACCCCAUUCAACCCAGCGGAGUCCACCACGCUCGCCACCAUCCCCUGCGAUUCCUCCACGUGCUCCGCGUGGGCGGACGACCGCUCGCUCUCAGUGGGCUGCAGCGUCUCCUCGGACCUACCCACACCGGACUCCACCUGCCAGUACUCGCUCGUGAGCAGCUCCCCCCAGGGCAGCUCGGCGGGCAACCUGGUGCGGGACGAGGUGCAUCUCACCCUCGAGGACGGCAGCUUCCUGGCGCCCAACCUCACCUUCGGCUGUGGGCGCUAUCAAACAGGAGUGCUGGCGACGGACAAUGGCGCACCAGGGGGCGUGCUGGGGCUGGGCACGGGGCUGCUCUCACCGCUCUCGCAGCUGGCGGAGAGUGGGGUGGUUCCGCGGGCGGGCUUCGCUUUGUGCCUGGAGGGGAACGAUGCUGCUGCUGCUGGCGGGGGCAGUCACCUGCUGCUGGGGACCACGGACGCCGGGCCUGCUAGUGGUUCCACUCGUGUUUACAAAAACAGCCUCAGCCCGUUUUUCUAUGUCAACAUCACGGACAUGCAUCUGGGCACGGCUGACCUCGUGGUGACGCCCGACAUGUUUCCACCGCUCUCCUCUGCGGGGGCGGGCGGCACGGCGCUUGACUCCUCCUCUGCUGCCUCCGUGCUGCCCCGACCCGCCUACAUGGCGCUAGCCACUGCGUUCCUGGUGCAGUACCCGCGCAUGAAGUUUGCGUCCUCUCAGAGCGCACAGGAGGGGCUCGACUGCCUUGACGCCAAACCUUACCACAAGGCAUCCAUGACCCCCUCAGAGUUCCUACAGCAGUUCCCACCACUCACACUCGUGCUGGCGGGCAGCAAGGGCAGCGCGGACUUCACCAUCGCGCCCACCAACUACCUCAAGAUCGCCACUCCCCCCCUCCGCCAUCCACAGCACAGCCCAGCACCGCCUCCCCUUCCAUCUUCGAGACCAGCCCACACUGCUGCUCCCCCCUCCAUCGCCCCACCCUCCCUCCCUCCCCCCUCCCCUCCUCCCCCAAGCACCCCCUCCCCACCACCACCCAGCCCCCCGCCCCCUAGCCCCCCUCCCCCAAACCCCCCUCCGCCCAACAACCCUCCCCCAGCCAACCCGCCUCCUCCGCCCGUGUCCCCGCCAAUCGAGCCCCCAAUAGCUGGCUGCCAGCCGUCCCCCACGGACUGCGCCUUCUUCUUUGCGGGCCACGAGGGACAGGUGCCCACCUUCGCCAUCCAGCCGCGGCAGGGCGACGCGGUGCUGUCAACGAGUGAGCUUAAAACGAGUAUAAUGGGCAGCGACAUCCAGGUGCUGGCGGGCAACUCGGGCGAGGCGCAGAUCGUGUGCGCAGAGGGCCAGGGGGCGGGCCUGGGGGGUGGGAGCGCAGGGGGGCUGACGGCAACGGCAGCCAUGGCUAUGAACGAUGGUGCUGUGACGCAGGAUAUCGGCAACCAGCUGUAUAUCACCGGCACGGACGUGCAGCAGCGCACGUUCAACCGCAUAGAGAACCUGUUCGCACUGCGCGACGCGUAUGUGAAGCUCAAGGUGACCGCAGCAGAGAUGGACGUGUUUGGCAUGACCGUCAACAUGAACCCCGGCGAUGGUAACUCCUACUUUCCAGAGGACAAGCGCUGCGUUCUCUUCAAAACCAAACUCCCCGACGGCUGA